CGCGCGUAGCAUUUAAUUAAAUGUCGUCGUUUUUAUGAACAUAAUGUCCAUCUUAAUAUAAUGACGUCUACAAAUUUUACAGUGGAAUUUUAGCAAGCUUUUGCUUGUUUGGACCUCUUCCUAGAAAGGAAAAAACUUUUUGUAAUACAUCUUUUGGCAUUCCUCGAGUCGAGUACGCGAAAGUGAAGCUUUUACGUCAAAUGUCUAAAGGCAAAGGAGCAAUUCCGGGAGAGAGAGAGUGACUUUUUAUUUCGUUUAAUUUCAAGUCAAAUAAUCAAGGACGCUUAUAAUCGCAGAUAAAAAUUUACCGAAACGGCAAAGGUCAUCUUAUAACUCGGCGACAGAGUGUGUCACGUAUCAUCAAACUGGAUCGCCUUUGUGGCAAAGUGAACUUUGGCUCGGAAAAAACUUUACGUUACCGUCAGUGCCAUGCCGCUUAAAUCGGAGCUCUCGUCGAGGGACAACCUUAAUACCCUCGCACAGCCGGAGGAUCGCCGUCGUACCGGAAGAUACGUCGCGGGUGGAACGGUUCUCGCAGUCACGUUGCUCGGGCUGCACCAUCUACUUCUACGGGGUGCGUCCACCAUAGCGGGGGUGUGCGUGCCCGCCGUCAUAAUGGCUUUGUACAUAAUCUGGGUGCUGUACUCUGCUCGCAGGGACAGGCGGAAGGCGCUAAGAUUUGCCGCGGUGAUGCAGCUGACUGAGGUGAUCAGUGUCCCUUCCAGAUGUAGAUCCGAUGUUAUUUGCAAGGAUGCUAACAGCGACAAUGGCUUUAGGAGAAAUUCGUCCAAUUCUUACAAAUCGCAGAGCAUUCGUGAAAAUCCAGCUUUCUCCACCAGGGAUGAAGUGUGAUCAAAAUUUGAAAAAUUGCGAAUAUGAACGUGAUUUUUAUUAGUAAAAGUGUCAUACUGUUAAAACCAAUGCUGUUUAAAUUUUCGAAACUUUUUCUAAAAAAUUUUAUGUAAGACACAUGUAUGACAUAUACGAUACACUUUAUAAUUUGAAAAUUACUUAUGAAAUAUUUUUAGAAACUUAUUCUAAAAAUUUCACAUAAGAUAUGUAAGAUAUGUGUGAUAAAUACAUGACAUACUUUGUAAUUUAAAAGUUUCUUAUAAAAUAUUCUAAAGUAUGAUAACUUGUUUUACUAUUUAAAAUUUAAAUUUAAUACAAUACGUUAAAAUUGUGAGAUUCUGCAUUAGCUCAUAAAUUUAAUAUCCCAAUAAAGAAAUGCUUUUAAAACUGAAUUUGAAAACAAUUUCAAAAACAUGUUUCA